AUGUAUGAUGAUGAUGAUGAUGAAGCUGAUGAUGAUGAUGAUUACUAUUAUCACUUCCGCUUCUCCUAUGUCACACUGCCAAUGAAAACCCUGGUCUCGUCUUUCGAUUUUUCACGGAUAUUUUUCCUCGUUUCUUUUAAAUACAGUUGUUGGUCCUAUGUGGGUAAACAAGGCGGAAAGCAAGAGGUGUCUCUCGGGAAUGGAUGCGAGUAUAAGGGAAUAGCUAUUCAUGAAAUAGGUAGGUUUCGAGGUCGAAUGUGAAAACAACGCAUCGUUUUUGCAAGCUCUGUUUAAAUAUUGAACUUUCGUAGAGGUGAAUCUUUUUUAACGUUAAGCCCCGACCUUUUUGCCUUGUGUAAAUACAUUACCUGUGCAUUACAAUAGCACUCAAAAAAUAAACAACAACAACAACAUUGACAAAACUGCAGAGAAAAAGCGUUGAUGGAUGACAUCUGAAGAUACUAAUUUUGUCCUGGUCAAUAGCCUAACCGAUUAUGACUUACCAAUAAGGACAUUAUUAGGCAGGGUGGUCAAUAUAAAUAUUCAGUCAACUGACAUAUCCGGUAGGUUCUCAUUUUAAUUUGUUGCUUCGGUUAGCAUCUUUUCUAGUGUCGUCAUUUAUUUCACUUAUAGCCAUCUUUGUAGUUCGAUACCCUUAAGUCAUUGCCUAAAUCAUGUCCGCAUAGUGUGCUUUCAUCCAGAAUUCUCCUAACCCUUUGAUUUUUUUGCUCCAGAAAGCUUUAUGUUCAUUCCAUUUAAUGUCAUUGUAUGCUAUUUGGGAUACUUUGUUUUCAUUUUUGGUUAAGGUUAACUAGAACUUAAAGCUCCUACAUUGGGCUUCAAUUCUCACUGGAAACCUUCCUGUCUCUGGUGGCCUGCACCGCGCGCAUUAUUAGUACUGCAGUAUAUGUUAUCUCCCAGCAACGCACUUUUGAACUAAUUCUGCUGGAUCCUUUUCUAAUUGUCCAUUGCAAUUAUCCCCCGCAUAAAAGAGUAUGGGAGAUAUCAGUCCUUCAAAUGACUUCAUCGUUAGUUUUAUUUUUUCUCUGAAGUGGUUUCCCAUCUCUUUUCGUAAUUUAUAGAGAGCUUUGAGUGCAACUUUAUUUAACUCUUGCCGAGCGAGAUUAAAGUUUCUAUAUCUCAUUAUUAGGUCCAAGCAUGUAGGAUUUGACGUUCUCUAGUACAUCAGCGCCGUAUCUGAACGACUGAGUCGUUUAAAGACAUGUGCUAUGAAAAAUCAUAAUGUUUUGUCUUGUCUAAAUCGGCAUUUUCACGGGAAGAUUCCAGCUUAUUAAGGAUCAUUUGAAGGCUUUUUUCUGAUCUAGAGAAGAUCACAAGAUCGUCCGUAUUUGUCGCCAGGUCUCUUUGGAGUUCUACAUAUCGAUAUUAGACAUGCAUGCCUUCGCUGAUAUACAGUCGAUUCCGAUAACUCGAACCUUCAAGGGAAAUCGAAAAAAGUUUGAGUUAUCGGGAGCUCGAAGAAAAUAGCCGGGAGUAAGGAAAAAAAAAACAGUUUUUACUGCACAGUGAAUAUUUUAAUCACAGUUAAUUGUAGAAAUGUUAAGUGAAAAUUGAGAGAUAUUUCUAGAUUUGUUUAUAAAUCUGAACGUAACGUAACAAAAUGUUACCAAAAUAGAGUAUGCGUUUUACUGUUUUGAGAAGUAAAGCUGUUUCACGUUGGAUUUGUGACAAACAAAAUCAGCCUCCACUAGUAAAUUAUUGCUGGUUUUCAGUGUCUUGCCAUUCAAAAUAGACCGAAAUAAAAAUCAAAACCGUUCAACAGAUAAAGUCCGGAAUCUGGGAAAUGAAAGGACGUAAAUAUACCAAGUUUCUCGCCAAGAUUCAGGCCAGAAGGAUAUUCCGUAUACGAGAUAUCCGAAGAAAUGUUUUACCCAAAUUUAUAGCGAUUUGUAUGGAGUCGCCAUGCUGGUGCCCACCUGGGUGGGCACCAACAUGGCGGACGAAAACCAACAAAAACAUCUGUUACCGAGUUUUGGUACAAAAGAGUGUAUUUAUUCCUCGAGGAACUCAUAAACAUUAAAGUAAUACUUAUUCUAAUCCAUGAACUGUUUUGAUAGCAAAAGUUCCCCGAAAUACGUCACUUUUUUUAACCUACAUGACAGCUCUCUCGGCCUUCAUGUAAAUGCCACGUCACGCAAAAGCUUAGAAAUUAAAGCGUACUCUAUCACAAAACAAAGAACCCUUUUGAAGCGAAAAUUUGUAUGAAAAUUAGUUUUCAGCUGCUCUGAUACAUCAUGAAAGUAAAAUCUCAGUAGGAUCGUUAGUUUUGUAGCUUGAAUUUUACUGACGUCACUUAAAAAGCAACAAUAUACCCGCAACACGUGGUUUCGGACGCCAGUAGACUGUUUUUCCCGACUUUUUAAGGGCUCAAAACAUGGUUCGAGUUAUCGAGAGUAAAAUUAUAUAGAAAUGAUCUGAGGGGGAAAAACUAAUUCGAGUUAACGGGAGGUUAGAGUUAUCGUGGGUUCGAGUUACCGAGGGUAAAAUUACAGUAAAUGUAUGACGGAAAUCCAGGGGAUAUCGAUUUUGGUUCGAAUAGCGCGAGGUUCGAUCGAGUUAGCGAGGGUUCGAGUUAUCGGGAGUCAACUGUACCCCCGUUUCUUUCGUUUAUAAGUUUGUUUGAACCUCUUCUUUUUGUCUCGCGGUAGUUGUUCCAGUUCUGAAUUAUUGCCCCCGCAGGGAUUUCGCCUUCUGGGCGAGGAGGCACUCUAGUAACUCGCGCGUAUAUUAAGGAAAGUACUUACAGUUGAAGUAUACAGUCAUACAGUCAAUAUCGAAGAAAUCUCGAUUUGCUUGAAUAGGGGCCGCAAGGAAAGCCAUCCAUUACUACUGCAAAGAUAACAAACGCGGGCGUUCAUGCUUUACCAAUCCUACUGCAUUUCUGUCUUUUAGGGCUUCCCUGGCGAGUCCAUCUAAAACACUGUAAAUAACACGUCAGUAACUUCCAUGAUCAUCGUUUGCGUUACGCAGUGACAUUCUGUGGAACAGUUGUUUUGAAAGUUAUGGACCAAAAGACACUCGUUAAGCGCAGAUGAGGUUAUAAGGUGCCUUUAAUUGCGUAUAUAUAAACACUUGGAGAGUUUGCCAGCUACGAGUUCACAAAUCUUUGAUUUAUAUUGGAAACCUUGCAGACAAUCUUUCUCUCUCUUUGACCGGAAUGAAACUCAGCCCCAAACAAGCAAGACGAGUGAACAACGGCUAGCUUAUCACUAGCAGAACGAUGGACGAUUACAGAAAUCCGCCGACAAUUAAAUUCUGUGCUAACUUAUUCCCUGCUCCCUAUCCCCUACCCCCUACCCCUUUCGACGCCUGCUACGCAGGCUACUGCUCACAGAUGUCCUUCCGUUAUAAAGUUUCAAAUAAGACUAGAAUGCGCAAGCGUGAAUCGAUCAAACGUCCUUUUAUUUCUAAGGCUUACUUUCCGGCAAAUAAAAUGAACUGAAUGUAAAAAGUGAAAGAGAAAUAGCGAAAAAUUCAACUUCUAAUUAAAUCUUUUCUUAUGGUUUAGAAUAAACUAUUCUCGAAACUGACAAUGUUUGAUCAAAGCUGUGUAAAUCGAGCUGAAACUGUGCAUGGAACCUUACGUUUCCUGUAUUUAUAUAUUCUCACCUAUUGUAUGGAAUAUGUGUGAAAAACGUUAUCAUAAAUCGGUAUAUUUCAAACAGCUACACAACGAGCAAGAAUACUAUUGAGCGACAAUACACAGAACGGGGGCAGCUGUAGUGUGAACUAGUGUAUUACUAGUUAGUGUUAUGAGAAGUUUUCUUGCCAAGGGAUUUCAAGUUUUCUUUUUCUGUUUCACGUUGCUGAUCGAACCAUUUGUUCUGUGAUUUGCAUUUAAUUUUGCUGCCUCUCGCUUUCAAUCUGGUUUCUUUGCAAGCUUCCACCAAGGUUUCACUUAGUAAUUCAGACGUCAUGAUCGAUGCUUUCCUGUUUUACAUCUGCUUCUAAUCUGGACUGUUUGUGAUUUGAGACCAUCCUUAAGUCUGUCCUAAUAGACUUAAUAUUCCAGAAAAGUCUAUUAUAUUCAGUCAAGAUGAGUUCGGCUGAUGUUUCAAAAGAAUCUCGGUGAACAAAGUUAGCUUUUAUCGCGAAUGAUAGGUGACAGUGAUCGGAUAAAUGUGGCAUUAACGGUUAACUAUAAGAUAUCGCACAUUUCUUAGAAUACUUUUUGAUGAAAGGAGGUGAUCAACAACACUGCUCCCGUUGUCAUGAAAGCAGGUCUUUUUACCUUCCAGGUCACCAACAAUCCUUCCACUGAGAUUUCGUAAAUUAAACGCUGUGCAGGUUUCUAGCAAAUUUCUACCCCCAGCGUUGAACGUUGGCUGAAUCUCUCUCUCUGCCCCCCCCCCCCCCCCCCCCAAAACCGUUUUGUCGGUGUUUUCUGUGCUGCUUAUUUUUCAGGACACGCUCUUGGAUUUUAUCAUGAGCAGUCUCGCCCUGAUAGAGACAACUAUGUGACAAUUAAAGAGAAGAACAUUCAAGAAGGUAACAUUAUUAAUAACUGUUUGAUCUAAAAAGAAAAAAAAAUAUCAGAGAAUAAUUGUUGAACGUCGCCGCCCUAGUACCUGUUAAUUGGCUUAAAAAUUUGAAACGACUUAUUAUUCAAAGGCCUACAGGAUCCUUUAAUGAAACCUGUAUUAAGCGGACACCCCCUAUUAAGCCAGAAGUAGUCGAUCAAAUUAAAGUUCGCAAACUUACUUCCCUUCUUUGCUUUAAAUGAAACCUUUAUAAAGCGGACACCUAUAUUCAGCGGACACAUUUUAACACCUCAGUAAAAAGUGGAUGCAAUGUUCAAACCUGUAUACAUACAAGGAAUAGGUAUUAAAAUACCACUAAAUACUAUUAGCUACACGGUAUAUUUUUUCUUUAAAACGUCUGGACCUAUCGUACAUAAAUUUAAGUAAGAACCUUUUAAGGCUAACUUAGGAAAAAGAAAGGCUCUUACAUUAUAACUGCGGAUUUUUCCUGUAUGUCUGGUAUGUGACUUAGAUUAUUAUGAUGACGGUGAUUUGUAUCCGAUAGAUCGUGGUUUUGUUUGGAACCAUACUCUCAUUUCAUCCUCUUAAUAUUUUAGACGUUUGACAUUCAUUAUUGUUUCAAGUAAAGUGAGAGCCAAGAAAUGUUCUGUACAUAAUAUGACCGGACUGGAAGACCAAAAAAAUAGCCUUCAGAAAGACACAGGAUUGAUUUUGUUUUUCGCCACGAAUACAAAUAGCCACGAAUACAAAUCUAUCCAACUAACUUCAAAUCUACUUGUAACUGUAAUCUAAUUGUUAACGUGUUGAUGUGGACCCCAAAAUUUUAUCCCUUAAACGCUAAGACGGCUUCUUUAGCAAAUAUUUUUAAAGAUGAUCAACAAGUCUAUAAGCUUCCGUGUCAACUUUUACAACUUUCCCUUAGAGCAGAAACUACAUUAUAAUAGCUCGUAGUUUUGGUCAUAUUUCGUGACACUUCCUAUUCGGGAUAUCGUCGCCGACUCGGGAACGAGCGAACUUUUUUCAAAAAUUUACCACUUAAAAGUGGUACAGAGGAAACUGGUGAUGAGGACGAUGAAGACAUUGUAAAUAAAUGAAUUCAGAACAAUAACUGAAAGGUUAUAAGUCUACAUACAUUUCGGGCAAGCACAUCUGCGGCACUCACCCAUUUACGACAUUAAAUUCAGUUUCGGUGAAUUAUAUAAUCCGGAAAAUAAGUGCCCCUCGAAUCUUGAAAUUUCCUGGCUACCAGAGGUCUCUCACGGAAAGAGAAGAAGGAGAGGAGUUUUAGACCAAAAAGCCAAGUUACCACGUUAAAAUUUGGUCGUGCCAACUUCGCCCGCGGAUGCCGCUUAAAAAAAAGGAAUUUACUUAGCCUAUGCACAAAAGUUGUUUUUUUUUCCCUACAAAUUUUGUCGUAUGCGCGCGAGCUAGCGAGGAGUAUGAGAACAAGCGCGAACCCCACACCCUCACUAGCGUUCAAAAUGGAGGGAUCUGAAAAUAGGCUAGAAUGUGCUUUGUCAGGUAGGGCAAAAUACUUUAGAGUUGAAACCUUCCUUGUCCGCCAAAUAAGUUAUGAACCUUUAAGUUAACAACAACAACAACAACAACAAGAACAUUGAUUAUUUAUAGUGCGCCCAUUCUAAUUUAACGAUAGCCGAGGCAAAGGGUUAAAAUCAGUUAAAAGAUUUUGCAAGGCAAUCAUUAGAUAAAACUAUUCGCUUGCCAGGAAUCUGGCCUUUAAUCGUUGCUGUGAGUGUGUGCUACUCCUCUUACGUCGUGUUAGACCUCUCAGUGGGAGCUUAGUGUACACGACUACGAUUCUGCCGAUCCGAAAACAUUUUGGCAUAAUAGCCGCCGCGUCAAGAGUAGUAUGCUGUCUAUUCUAGGCGAGGUGUCCGUCUUUAGAGGUGUUUGUUGAGAAAGUUGAUCAUGCUGAAGCACUCUAAUCAUUUAGUUGUUUUCCUGCUUACUUACUAAUUAGCAUCUCUAAGAAAGGUUCAUCGGUUGCAAUACAACCGCCCCCUGGUUGGCUCAGUUGGGAGAGUGCCGGUCUGCUGAGCGGGAGGUCGCCGGCUGAAACCCCGGCUGCACCAACACUCAGGGUCUUUAAAUAACUGAGAAGAAAGUACUGCCUUUGUAAUGACAUCUGCAAACGGUUGUACUUUCUAUAAUAUUCUCGGAUAAGGACGAAAAUCCCUAGGUCCCGUCUCACAGCACUUACACUUAUCUAUUCUUGUGGAACUUAAAAGAACCCACACCACUGUUCGAAAAGAAAAGGGAACGUACACCCCGGUGGUGUGGCCAACUCUUACGGAUUGUGGGAUUGGGUAGGGAUAGCACCUUGCAUGGGACCUAUGAGUCCCGUUCGUGCCCAUUCCCUCUGGGCAGGCCUGUGUCCAGAAAAGCUGGUAAAAAAAUACAUAAAUUUAAAAAGUGAACCAAAAAUACUUCCUCCAGAUCUGAAGUCCCGUCAUUGCCAUCCAGCAGUCGUUUUAUUAUAAUUAUAAUUUGCCUCGUCUGUUAUAAAACUAAUAUCGUCCCAUGUAAGGCAAGCGAGAACAGUCUUAAACUCUGGAUUCCAUGCUGUGGAUUCCGGACUUCGAUUACUGGAUUCCAGAUUCCUUGUUAAUGGAACUUGGAUUCGGGAUUCCAAUCGUAGUGGGGAUUCUGGAUUCCUUGAGGUAAGUUACGGAUUCCAAAACCCAGGAUUCCAGGUUUCCACACAUGGGCGAUACAUAACUUUUUUUGGAGGUACAAGUAGCAAAAAUCUGCCUUCUGAAGUACCAUAAAAUUUCGAAAAUAAGCCCCGGGGGUUAUAUUUUUCAAAGGUCCUUUUUGAGGGGCUUAUAUUCGAAGGCGCUUAUCUACGGAGGGAAAUUUGCGUUUCAAAAUCGAUUGAGCUACCCUUAUAGUUGGAAGUAAUUUACUGUUUUUGCUUUGUUUCACUCUGUAUUUGGAGGGGCGAUUUAACGGAGGGUUUUUGCGUUACCGGUUUGGGGGGCUUAUAUUUGGAGGGGCUUAUACAUGGAGGGCCUUACUUUCGGAAUUUUACGAUAUACUUGUCCGAGGUAUAACCCACGUCCUUAAAGAAAUAGUACAGACAAAGAUUAAUCCUGCUGUGCCUUUUUUUUUUGGUUUAGGCUCACUAGUGUGACGUCAGCACGACGUUUUUAACAAUAAUAUUUUGUUACUCUCCCUUUGGAUAGGUAUGGCAUAUAACUUCGAAAAAAGACCGAACUUUGACUCGAAGGGAACAGAAUAUGAUUACGAUUCCAUAAUGCAUUACGGAAAACUCGCCUUCUCCAAAAGUCGUCGACCAACAAUUAAGCCAAAAGACAGGAAUGUAAGUAUGGUAUGAUAAUGAAGUAUGUCUAAAGAUAAAAAAAGGGCGACUAAUCCACAAGGAAAAAGAACAACAAUAAAGAAAAAAUAACAAAACAACAACAUCAAAAAAGAAAAAACAACAACAACAGCAACAACAAAACAGAAAAUCCACAAAUGUAAUUUUAAUUUACCACAGAACUCGUUUGAAAGUGUGUGUUCUUUAAUUUCUAUUUCUUUCUAUAUCGAAUUUUACGUUUGAAGUGUUGGUUGUUAAGGAGAUGGGCAAACUGUGAGUGGAGUAGUCUAGGAUAGGGUAUAUAAAUCAGAACGUUUGGGACUAGAAUAGGGUAUCAUUUUUCAGGAAACUGAUCAGUUGGUUGAAGAUUUUAUUUAGACUAGGGACUGUGGUAUAAGGUUUUGUUUUGGCUAGACUGAGCUAGUGACCUCAGUGGUUUCUAGAAAACAGCUACUCUAGGAUAGGGGAGAUUUGGGGAGUUUACUCUAGUAUAGGGUAGCAAAAUUCAGCUGAACUAGCUCUGGUAUAGGUUAAGGGUUCCAGGGUCCCAGUAGCACAUCCCCACCCAGAAAUUCCCAAAGUACCCCCCCCCCCCCCCCGGUCCCCCCCCCCCCCCGAGGGAAGAUGCAAGGACGAGACAACAACAAGUCUUUAUUGUGACCACAAAAAAAUUCACGACUUCAAUGAUCGAAGACAGCAAACUCUAUAUUCACCUUAUAUCAUGGACAUGUAUGGACCAUUACUAACACCGAAAACAGAAACAAAUAUAGAAACCGUACAAUUUUUUUUAAAGGUGAUUAUAUGGAAAUUUCAUAUAUUUGAGCUGCGGAAGAAGCAUGAGAACGUUUAAGUAUAGUUCAAACAUAUGGAAUUUUUCUUCUACGGGCUUUUUCGAAAUCAUCACGUUUUCAGGAGGUAAGAGCACUGCACAAUUACUGCGGCUGGUGUUAUGGGUUCGAAUCCGGUUCGGCCCUGAAUUUUAAAAUACAUGAUUCUAUCUUUCACGAAAACCUUUUACAUUGCUCCUUCAACUAAGAUCAGGGGCAACCAACGAUGGUUUCCUCCUAAAUAGAUUGAAAAAACUUUUUAGGCUAUUCAGAGUAAUUUUAGAUCUGUAGAAAUGCAUAUUGAGUGGCGCUAUAAAAUUUGUAUCUGUUAGGUCAUGCAAGGGGAACUUGAGACUUUUUGAAAUUACGAGGGCUUCAGUAUCAUUUUCCCCGAAAAUUUUAGAUACAAUUAACGCUAGAGUAUUACGAAAGUGAGAUUUUUUACUGAUGGUCUUUACUGAUUCCUCUCUCCAUCACAUUUUUGAAUCCAAAAAUUUUAAGGUUUCUUUUUUUCUGCAAAAAAAUAGGCGGCCUAACCUGAGGAGUUACAUGUGAAAAAUUAAACUUUAAAAUAUCGUAGAGAAGUUAUUAGGUAAGCUUCGAAAAUUGUACAUGAAUUGAACGGCCAUCCAGCCGUCCCUAAGUAACGGAAUAUUCUAGGCAACAUCUGCUUCUCCGAACAGAUAUUUUACAGAGAACAAUCUUUGGGGGCCCCUGUAAGAUUUAUGGACUUCUUCAGCCCGAAUAGUUUAUAUUAGGAGGUUUUUAAACACUUCAUUGGCCGGAAAUACUGCAGUAUUAUAUAGAGCGUUUUCACUCGCGUCAGCUGUAACGUGGCCAGCAGCUAUGAAAAAGUUUUUGGGACAACAAGAACAACAAGAAUGUUUUACAUAACACGAAGGUUCAACUCCCACAUGACUAGAAUUAUUUUUUGCCCAGUUUUGCUGUGGAAGCGUGAAUUCAUCCCUCGAGGUAGGGGCGGAUCUAGGGGGAGGGUGCAGGGGGUGCGCACCCCCCCCCCCGAGAUGACCUGCGGUUUUCUAAUACAACUGGUAUUCUGCAAAAAAAAAAACUAUGUGGUUUAUUGGUGUUGAAGAAGAGCAAGAGACGAGUGCACCCCCUCCUAAAAAAAAUCCUGGAUCCGCCCCUGCGAGGAACUCAUAAACUUUAACUUAAUAUUUUUUCUAAUUCAAGGACUAUUGAGAUAGCAAAAUCCCACAAAAUAAUUCACUUUUUCCCCCUACAUGACAGCUCUCCCGGCCAUCACCAUCACGUAAAUCCGUUAGGUAAAUGCCGCGUCACGCAACAGGUUAGAAAUUCCAGCCCACUCUAUCACAAAGUAAGAACCUUUUCUAUUUGCUCUAAUAGUAAUACUCAAUAAAGUAAAAGCUCGGCAAUUGUAACAGUUUGAAUUUUGGUUACGUCAUGUAAAAAAAUAAGACUGUGCGUAAGUGACGUCAUGUGAAAACGCUCUAGAAGUUUCAACGCUUUAUGAAAGUCGAUUCCAAAAUGACGGGGUCACAAAGAACUGAAUCUGUGCUGCCUGUGGAACAGUUUUUAUUUUUAAGAGUUUCACUAUUAGUUUCGCCCGUGGAUCCACUCACACCAGGGAGCCAUUUAGUUACCAAAUGACACACUACUUAUAAUUAAUACUUUUAUGUAUAUUUGUAGGCUGAAAUUGGUAACAGGGAUCAUCUCAGCGAUAUCGACGCAAAGCAAAUGAUGCUCCUGUACGAAUGUAAGUCCACAACU